GAGGCAAUUCAAUUAUUAGACAAAAACAGAUUCAAUAAAAGAAGGGGAAUAAAAUUUAAUUAACAAAGAGUAAAUAAAUUGCGGAUGGGAUUUAAUGAAAUAUGGAGGAAAUGGAUAUUGGAGUGCCUAAGCUCAAGUUCAGUUUUUGUUCUUAUUAAUGGAAGUCCAACAAAACAAUUCUCGAUUAGCAAAGGCAUACGACAAGGAGACCCGCUAUCGCCAUUUCUUUUCUUGAUAGUGGCAGAAGGGUUGAAUGGUUUAGUGGCCUCAGCAGUGGAAAAAGGAAUAUAUAAAGGAGUGAGGGUAGGGAGUGAAGGUGUCAUGGUGUCACAUUUACAAUUUGCGGAUGACACGGUAUUCUUCGAGGAGGCAUCGCAACAUAACAUAAGAGCAGUGAAGGCUAUUAUGAGGACCUUUGAGUUGGCUUUAGGACUAAAGAUCAAUUUCGGAAAAAGCCAAUUAAUGGGGGUGGGAGUAGAAGGGAGUUGGAAAACAGAAAUGGCAUACAGAUUGCACUGUAAAGAAGGGGAACUACCAUUUAAAUACCUGGGAAUCCCAAUUGGGGGGAACAACAGAAGGACAUCAAUGUGGCAACCAAUGGUACAAUCAGUUGAGAAGAAACUACCUAGCUGGAAGGGCCGACACCUUUCUAUGGAAGGUCGUAUCACGCUCAUCAAUUCAGUGUUGUCUCCUCUGCUCGUGUUCCUAAUGUCAGCCUACUUAAUCCCAAAAGGUUCACUCCAUUCCAUUGAAAAAAUUCGUAAACGUUUUUUAUGGGGUGGGGGGGCGGAGGAGAGGAAAAUAAAUUGGGUAAGUUGGGGGGAUGUGUGUAAAAGCAAAGAUAAUGGAGGGUUGGGAGUGAGAGAAUUGAGGAAGUUUAAUUUGGCUUUGAUGGGGAAAUGGUGGGGGCAUUUAGCAAAAGUAGAUGAGGGACUAUGGAAGAAAAUAAUUGCAGCGAAAUAUGGUAAGGGAGGGAAACAUUGGAUGGACUGGAUUAAAGAAAACAAUGGAGUGGGAUCUUUAUGGUGGAGAGAUGUGUGCUGCCUUAAUAUAGUGAAUGAGUGGAGAGUGUAGGAUGGAUAACGGAGGGCUUUAGAAUGAAAAUUGGGGAAGGAAAAUUAGCCAGGUUUUGGUGGGAUAGUUGGGGAGGGGAGGGAUGCCUUGCUAAUAAAUUUCCUAGGCUGUA